AUGGCCUUCCGGAGUAUUUCGCCGACGAAAUCGAUUAAGAAACCCGCAGUGCUCUAUCACUACCCGUGCCCCGACGGUGCCUUGGCCGCCUUGGCUGCUCAUCUCUACUUCUCGGCUUCCUCUACCGCCGCUCUCUUCUUCCCCAACACCGUCUAUUCCCCCCUAAGGGUUGAAGAGCUUCCUCUGGACGAAAUUGGUGAUGUUUACCUCCUAGAUUUCGUCGGUCCCCCUGGUUUUCUUCUCGAACUCUCUCCCAAAGUUGAACGUGUCAUACUACUUGACCAUCACAAAACUGCACUUGAGAUGUUAAGGGAUGAAGCUUCAGUAGGUGGAAAUGUAAUUAAGGUGAUAGAUAUGCAGAGGAGUGGGGCUACAAUUGCUUAUAAUUAUUUCAAGGAAAAGCUUUUAGGUGGGAAUGUUAAUGAUGUUGUUGAUGGCCGUGAAUUUACACUAAGAACAUUUGAAAGAGUAAGGCACUUAUUUGAAUACAUUGAAGACGGAGAUCUGUGGAGGUGGCAUCUUGAUGAUAGUAAAGCUUUCAGUAGUGGUUUCAAAGAUUUGAACAUCGAAUACAAUGUCAGAUUGAAUCCAUCCUUGUUUCAGCAGUUACUUUCCAUGGAUCUUGAGUCUCUCAUAAGUCAAGGCAGGGUAAGCUUAUUAAACAAGCAAAAAUUAAUAAAUGAGGUUCUUGGGCAGUCAUAUGAAAUUGCACUCGGUGGUGGAGCAUUUGGACAUUGCCUGGCUGUUAAUGCGGAUUCUAUUUUGGAGCUGAGGAGUGAGCUUGGACACCAGUUAGCCAAUAGAAGCCAUAAAAUGAAAAUGAGGGGCAUAGGAGCUAUUGUAUAUAGAGUCCCUGAGCUUGAAAAUGAUCAAUUAUUGAAAAUAAGCCUUAGGAGUAUCAACUGCGAAGACACAACGUCCAUCUCACAGGUGGUUUUUAUUUUCUCUUUUGCUUGUGACGUCUUCGCCUGCCCAUUAGCUAUGAGCUAUAAAAAGUUUUGUGAUCCCUUACAGGAAUUUGGAGGUGGUGGGCAUCGAAAUGCCAGUUCAUUCAUGUUAAGCUCUGCAGAGUUUGAGAGGUGGAAGGUUUUUGCUAUUGAUUAA